AUGCUUGGCCAAGAUUCUGGGCUGUACUAUCUUUGUGCCUUAAUUAUCGGCUGUUGUCGGGCGGUGGCUAUAAUAGUCGAACCUAGAGCAGACAACGUUAGUAUAUCAGCUAUGUCUAGCAACGGUACGGUCGCACCGAUCCUGGCUGCGCGGUUGAACCUCGACUAUUUCGACGAGAGUAAUAUUACCCUGAAUAAGCGGGACGGUUCUGUAGACCAAUGGUUGACUAACAUAAGUAUGAUAGCACUUGCUGACGCUUCUCCUCUAGGCUCGCAGGGGGCAUUGGUGAAGCGCACUCAUGCCGAAGGUAGCCCAUGGUGGCUGGUGGAAGCUGGCCAGUGUGCUUUUGGGUUCUGGGAUAUAGUUGAAGGCGUCUGGCAAGCAGGGUAUGACAUAUACCGCAUGGCUUCUAGCGGAAAUCGUGGCGUAGUAGUAAUGGAUUCCCAUGGACCAUUCUACUAUAAGUACUAUGCCAUAGAUGGUAAUUGCGCGUCGACCAUACACCAGAAGACUAUAGCGGGCGCGUUACAAGCAGCGGCGCGUCAGCUAGAAGGAUCGCAGUUAUGUAACAACUAUCUGUUCCAAAUAGACCACCAUGGCUCGUGGAAAGGAGACAUCAUCAUUGGAUCAUCACCGUCGGUUUAUUUUACUAAUGUGAGGUGGACCACUUACAAGGGCUGGGUGGAUGCUGGCUGCGAAGAACUGCAGUCGCCAUAUAACUGUAAUUCUAAUGAGCAGGGUAAUUAA